CGUGAUUUUUGUGGGCAGGGCAGCGGAUUGCACGCAUUACUUGCGUGUUGGCUGGAGAGCCGUCGCAUUGCACGCAUUACUUGAGUGGAGUUGGAGUUGGUUCGUGGGACGCACCCACCGGGCAGCCGCGGCCCACGCCCACUCCACUCCUCCCAUGGGGCUGCCACCAUGCCGCGCGCUGCUCUACCUCACGACCGCGGCGACGGCGCAGAACCUGAUCCACUACGCGGCGCCGGGCGGGAGCACCGGAAUCACGAGGGAGAGCGGCCGCGCGCGCGUCAACAUCGCCGUGUCGCCGCACCACGUCAGGCCCACCUUCCGCAAGCCCUUCUACCAGAAGCCGAAGACGGACCCGGCCUCGCUCAAGAAGGCUUGUAAAGCGUCCAUCAAGGAGGCCUGGCGGCCCAAGACCCAGAAGGUCGGAUAUACCUACCACAAGAACGCCUGCUCUCGCGACGCGCGCGCGUCGCAACGGCGCACGUGGCAGCCCGCGAGAUGUCCCCACGUCACGCCAUCAACGGCUAAAAAGUGCCUCGCGAAGAAGAAUAUUACCAGAAUCGUUUUGAUCGGCGACUCGCUGACGAUGCAGCUCUGGGGCUCGCUGCUGUGCCGCGAGGAGACGAAGUGGGGCUUCGGUGCGAAAGUUGAUGGCCAGAUACAACAUGAAAAUGUGAACUACGACCAGCGGAGCCAGCGGGGGUUUUCGGUUGCCGAUGCCACGGUGGGAGACGGUCUGACGUGGACCUAUUUACGAGUAAGGGGCAUGCAAAGAGCCGGGGCGUUGACGCGAGCUUUAGAAGUGGCGUUCGACCGGGGGAUGUUGGAUCAGAGGGCACUGUACGUCGUGAACGCGGGUUUGUGGCACCUGCUCUGCACCACCAAUAUAAAUGAGUGCCUGGAGACGUACGAGAACGACGUAGACAAGUUCCUGAAGGUGCUCACCGCGCGCGCCGACGGCCCGGUCGUCUGGCGCUACACGACGGCCGUGCAUCCGGCCCUGUUCCCGCGGCGCAUGAGUCCCGUGGAUCAGCGGAAGUUCCGGAGUUUCACGGACGAGAACGUGCGCAGCUGUGUAGAAAUCAACCAGUGAGUUAUGUUAUCGCCAUCGAGCCGACGCGAUCGCGGCGACAACGUCGCGUCGAUGGCCUGAACUCCACGCCAUCGAGCAGACGCAGUUACGGAGACGACAUCGCGUCGAUGGCGUGGGGCGCCCGAAAUUUGAUUUUCACACAGGUGCGGCGCCUCAACAAGGUCGCAGACACCGUCAUCAGGCGCGACUUCCGCGACAAAGUAACCGUCCGUCGCGACGCGUACAACUUCACGGUGAAUCUCGAGGACGAGGCCUAUCUUAGAGGAGACGCGCGGCACCCUGCGUCGGGAGCGCUCAAGUCCCUCGUCUCGUUGCUAUUCGUCGAGGACGCGUGCGACUACGGGCGCCUCGCGCGCGGCCUCGUGGGUCGAUGGUGGCAGGACUGGUAGUUAGUGCGCUUGUGUAAAUGUAUUAUAUUC